GUGGGGCUGGACAACUGGACAGACAACAACUCGUCUUCGCUUCGCUUCAUCGCACCCCUGCACUCACUCCAUACCGUCUAGCAAAGCAAGCACAAUGGCCCACAUCCUCGGCCUCAGCUCGUCGACCAACUACUCGCUCUUCGCCGUCCCCGCGGCGUUCGGCCUGGCCUUCGCGCCCCACCUCUACGCGGUCUGCCUGCUCAACUUCAAGCACGCGCCCAGCGCCGAGGGCUUCGACUUCUCCAACCCCAAGAACUCGCGCGCCAACAUCCACCAGUCGGGCCUGUCGCCUGCCGACCAGGACCGGUACCUCCGCGCUGAGGCCGCGAACGACAACGGCUUCCUUGGCCUUCCGUUCUUCGCUGCCGCCGUCGUCGCUGGCAAUGCGGCCCGCCUCGACAUCGACACGCUCAACACCGCCGCGGCCGUGUACAUCGGCUCGCGCGUCGUCUUCAACUACCUGUACAUCUUCGGCACGAACAACGCCCUUGGCCUUGCUCGCACCGUGUCGUGGUUGACCGGCAUUGGCGCCUGCCUCAACCUGUUCUGGAAGUCGGCUUACUACUUCCAGCCGCUGGCCGCUGCGGCGCCUUAGCCUGUGAUGUGGACUUGUAUCUGAAGAAGAAGAAGAAGAAGAAAAGAAUGAAUGUUACAGUUGUGAGCC